UAACAGCGGAGACUUCGUACGGUAAACACCGAGUGAUCAAGGCGACGAAACGUGCGCCAAAACGUGGACGUGCGGACGUCAAAAUAAAACAAUAACAACAAAGACACCGGGUGAAAGACGUCGCUUUCGACGUCUUAUAGACAUUAAAACGAUUCGCGUUACCCGGAAUCGGAUUAUUAAGAAUCGUUCGAACUAGAAAAACAGUUCGAUAAUAAGGUUCCUAUUUAUAGACGGAGCACCAAAAUACGCAACGUUGUGCUACGGUCCUUGUCGAUAAUGUUAACUUUAAUAUCACGACAAGAAUCAAAUAGUCAAAUGGAUAACCUGGAUCAUCUCUUUUUAUUACCAGAAAGAGCACUUAGCAUGGAUGCAUCCAGGUUACAAAAAGACUUAGAAGGACUCAAUUUUGAUCCGCGAUUACUACACGAAGCCCCUAUGGGGAAUAUAUGGUUAUCUGGGUCUCGUCCUUCAUCAGUCGCAAAAGAUGUUCCGUGUAAUUUUCUAGGAAAAACCAUGCAUUGGUUUGCAUAUGUGGGGCCAAACCCCCCCGAUUACGAAGAAGAUUCAAAAUCCAGAUUAAAAUCCGUAAAGGAACGUGAAAAUGAAGAGAGACAAAAGAAGCUGGAUGAGCUUAAAGCACAAGCGCAAGCAGCACAACGUUUCAAGGAAAAGAAAGAGAUGGAAAGGAAAAUGCGACUUGAAGAAAUGAAGUUCAAGGAGGACAACAGAAGGCAACAAGUGGAGGAGCGCAAGAAAAUGAUGAACGAGGCCGAAAGGGAUCGGCUGGAAGCGAUUUUAAGGCGCAAUCAAGAAAGGGAGGCGCGAAUAGAAGCGAAAAAACGCAACGAAAGGCAUUCGAUGGUGUUUGCGUUUGGUUCGUCAACACCUAGGAUGCUCCAACCUACCGACUCCAUAGGGUCGUUUUGGGGUCAUCGUAGGGCGACCUCUACGCAGAAUAUCACCAGCGCAGCGGCGCCGUUGACUAGGAGACAGUCUGAGAGGGAACUUGACGGAGGUAGCAAGAAAAGAGCUACGUCCGCAGGUGGCCUCGAACGUUCAAUAGAAGAUAUGCGAAUGUCGUCGUCUAUGUAUGAGAUCAUGAACUGGGAUAAGGCGGCCGUAGUCGACCGGCAUAUUUCUAGCACUGAUCCUGCAGCUACCCUCGUGUCACCGUCUCCUCAAGUCCCGGCCGGCUGCGCUAGUGGCUACGUAGGGCGUCGCCGUACGGACCUGAUGCCGACCAUUCCAUCGCGGGAGUCGCCGUCUGCACCGUCGCGAAAAUCGUUCACGCGCUCUCCAGGUAGGGCUUACUCGAUGUCACGCUUAGACCAGCUGGCGAAGCCCCGCAAGAGGGCGGAGCUGCUACCGGCCCUGGCCGAGGCCGGACCUGCGUCGCCCCUUAGAACCCUAAACCGCUCGCAACAGUCCCCCGUUAGUCGUAGCAUGAGCCACCUAAAUGUUAACAAAGCUGGCCCUCAGCCUCAAAGGCCCUUACGCAAAUCUGAUAGCCGCAGCAUGCACCAGCUCUCGGCCGUUGUCGGUCCGUUGCCACCUCCACGCACCACGCGUGCCGCCCAACUACGGCAACAAAAGCUUCUUGCUACCGGUAGUAACCACGACGCACCGUCACGACCUAGCAGUUCGUUAAGUCAACAAAGUACGAGUAGCAUCACAAGUUCAGUCAAUGUACGAAUGAGACCGAUAGCGGCACCGAGAAGACCUCGACCUAUUAGCAUAGCAGUAACCGGGAUAUCAACAAACGGCACACCAGAUCCGAAAAAGUCAACAGCGGCUGUUGAGAAACCACCUUUACCAAAAAUAAGAAAGUCCAGUCUUGUUCGAUCGACAGAGAAGCUCAAGAAGAAAUCGGUGGCAUCACCAACAGAUGGUUCCCCGAAACCUUUGGCGUCUCCGACAAGCUCGCAACAACAAACUACUAGCCCUGUCGAACCGAAACCUUUAAUCAAAGAGAAAGAAAAACCAACCGUCGCCAAAGAGGUUAAAAACGAUGAUAAUAAACCGGUUGUUGUUGCCGCUUCUAUCAUCGCAACGGAAGAACUUACGGUUAAAAAUGAAAUCCAAAUCGAUAAUAGUAAAGAUCUAACCGAUACUACAGUUAUUAAUGAUAAUCUAAUUAUAACUGAUAGUAACAAAGUUACUACUAAUAGUGAAGUAAUUACUGAAAGUACCGCACAGAUUACAGAACAACUCGUAGAUUUAACUUUAAGCGAAAAAGAAAUAGUCCAUAAAAAUAAAGAACUUAUUAAAUCAGAAGAACAUGAAAACGAAAAAGAAGCGAUCGAAGAGAAACCAAUUCCUCCGCAAAAGCAAAUUGAAAAACAACCUGAAAAAGUAGCGGAGAAACAACCCGAAAAACAAUCUGAUAAAGAACUUGAAAAUCAAUCCGAAAAACAAACUGAUAAACAAUCUGAAAAACAAUCUGAUAAAUUGUCUGAUAAACAAUCUGAAAAGCAAUCAGAAAAACAAUUAGAAACACCUGUUAAACAACAACAAACUGAUGAAAAAAUUGAAAAUGGUACAAUGAGUUCAUCAACAAUUGAUUUUGGUGAAUCAUCAGAAAUGACAACUUCAAUGACAAAAGUGCGUAUAAAUACUGAAGAAGAAGCUAAAGCCGCUUUGGCUGAACGAAGACGUUUGGCACGUGAAGAGGCUGAAAGACAAGCUGAAAUGGAACGUCAACGUAUAGCGGAAGAAGAACGAAUCGAACGCGAGCGACAACAGCGCGAAGAAGAACAACAAAGGUUAUUGAUAGAAAAAUUGAGAGAGGAGGAAGAACAGCGGCUACAAGAGGCGAUUAAAGAAGCAAAGAAACGAGCUGAGGAAGAGAAUCAAAGGCGGGAAGAGGAAAACCGCAUGAAGUUAUUGAAAGAAGAAUCCGAACGCCGAGCACGGGAAGAGGCUGAAAGACAAAAAGCCGAGCUGCAGGAACGGCUGAAAAAUGAAGAAAAAGAGAGGGAGGCGAGGCGUAAAAGGGUUGAGGCUAUUAUGUUAAGGACUAGAGGGAAAAAUAAUACACCUCAACAACAGACUGAAGAAAAAAAUGAAGAAAACAAGUCUGAAAAGUUAAACGGGUCAAAAGUAGAUACGCCAGAAAAUGGGCACAAGAACGGGAAAGAUAUAGAGACAGUCGAUAAUAUAAUACCAGUCGAAACAUUGAAGAACGCUAACAACGUCGAUAGCCUCAGUACAGAUGAUACGUUGAAUUCAAACAACGCGUGGCAACACAACACACAGACUGAUUUGCUGAUGUGAGUCGUCAUAUUAAAAAAUACUUUAGGUGCUUGUGUAUAUGGAAAUUUAAUUGUUUAGAUUUUUUAAUGAUAAUACCGAAAGCGGAAAACGUAGAAUUGCCGUUUGAUUAUUUUUUUUUCAUUUUUCUUUUUAUUUUUUGUAAUGAUAAAAACGUAGCGGAUUGAAAAGAAAAAAAAAUUAAUUAAUAAAUCGUAACCGCGUUCAUCGCUCCUGCUGUUAUUAUACAUAAGAAUUUUAAACGAAUUUUUGAAAUAAAUUAAUUAAUUAAUAGCGUACCAUAUCGUGAAGUUUGCGUGCAAUAACGACUUAUACCCAUCUCGGCAAUUCUAUCGGUUUAAUUCAAUAUGUAUUUGACUGAGAACAUUUUUUUAUUAUUUUUUUUUUGUAUAAUGAUCCUGAUCAAGAAAAAAAAACUGAAAUGAAUCGUAAAGUGCACAACAUUGUUUAAUAUCUUUUGUAUUAGUAUAUUUUCCCGCAAUUGUUGCAUCUGAGGCAUUGUAAUUUUAUAAUUGUUUUCUUUUAAUUGCUCUUAUUUAUAAAAAUCGAUUUCGAUAGGGUUAAAUUUUUAGAACGGCAUCUAUAGUUUAAAAGUUGCGACUAUUUUUUUUUAAUAUAAUAUAAUUUUUUUCUCUCGGCGGUUGUGUUUGAUCAGGAUUUUCUGAUUUAUACAAAAAAUAUAACCCGAUUGGAUAAAUAUUAAAUACUACAACAGGACUCGGUCUUAACUAGUCAUCUUAUUCUAUGUUGAAUUAUUUUUUAUAUCUAUCGUUUAUAAGGUAACCCCGCUGAUUGCUAAUGUGGUACUAAGAAAUAAAAAAAAAUUCAAUUUCAAUAAAAAAAAAGAAAAUAAAUUAAACAUGAAAUAAGAAAUGAUAAUAAAAUUAAUUAUAAAAUUUAAAUCAGCAUCUAUUAAUUAUUCUCUAGCACAGUUAGUUUGUAAUUUGUAGUUUAUAGGCAUUUUUUGUCAGGGUAUUUUCAAAUUUGCCUUGAGAGAAGUCUGUCGAGAUCACAUGUGUAUGGGAUAUAAACGUAAAUUUUUUUUCAAUUUUGUUUUCUAUUUCUUCGGUUAACAGUUUUUUGAAGUAUAAUAAUAUAUAUCUAUGAAUAUAAAAUUAUGUGUAUAGCCGUAAUUACAUGAUGGUUUUUUAAAUCGAGACCCUUCCAAGAAUUAUUUACACAAAAAUCGUAAUUUUAUUUAUUCAUUUUUUUUAAAUAUAUAAUAGUAUAGUCAAAAAACACUAAAUUUGAUUUACCGUACUCGGUGAAUCAAUAAUCAACGUAAAAUCAAAUAAUUUUAAGGUCCUAUUUAUAUUCUAUUAAAAAAAAAAAAACAAUUUUUUCACGUUUUCAUUUUUUUUUUGUGUAUACAUAUAUUUUUUAUUAUUGUAUUAACGGUAAAUGAGAGAACUGUUCUUGCUUGAAAAAAAAAUCGAUAAAUUUAUAAUGAAAAUAAACACUUUUUGGCUAAUGUCCGUCAACAUCCAACAUUUUUUUUUCAAUCUAAGAAUGGCGACCAACCCACAUGAACGUACUUCAUAGCAAAAUACAAAAUCUUGUAAAAAAAUGCUUACAUUUGUUACAGACCUAGCUUCUUGAAGAAAUUAAUACAAUUUAUUUAUCAAAAUUUAUGUUAAAUAUAUUUUUGAAAUAUUAA